AUGGCGUUUUGGCUGAAGCAUCACCUUGAGCCUUCUCUUUCCGCCCAGCUCGUCCCGCCCCGUUGCGUUGGCAUCAUGACGGUGUUGCCCAGUUCUCGGCGCCGUCGUCCACACAACGCGCCUGGCUACCUCAUCAACCCUCAGCAUGGCCAUGAACCACCUUGCCCCCGUUCUACUCAUCCCUCCGCCCCAGCCCCCAAUCAAAGCCCCAGCUCCUUGCUGCCCAACGGGCUUGACCUGCCAACGAAGCUCCCCUUUGGUCCCUUUGCUUUCGCCCUUUCUCGUGUCCUCUCUUUCGCCUCCCUCUCUCUACGCAUGCGCGCGUACCAAGAAGUGGCAAGCAACAACUGCGGCUCUUCCCAGCCUCCCGACCCAUUGGCCCACUCUUCUGCGUCACUUGGUGCACCACGCAGCAGUCCAAUCACACAGACCAGCGACGACCUACUUUUUGCGUCCCCACCCACACGCCGGGCCCACCCCUUUGUCAAGGCAAGGCUUGCCAGCCGACAACGGUUCACCUCCCACGCCGAGUCGACCGUUGAGCACAUGCGCCCCAGCCAUUCGCGCUCUGUGGCUUUCCCCUGCUGCACCACACUUUGA